AUGUUGGUGCGAGGCUACACGCGCUUUGCAGCUUCCUGUGUGGUUUUCCUCGUGAGCGCCUUCUUCCACGAGCUGAUGGUGUCCGUGCCCCUCAAGAUGCCGCGUAUGUGGGCCUUCCUAGGCAUGUUGGGGCAGCAACCCUACGCUUUACUGGUUCAUUACUACUGUCCCAAAGGCGGCAAACUCGGCAACAUGGCCAUGUGGCUUACGCUAAUUUUAGGCCAACCAUUAGCUCUUUAUAUGUACUUCCACGAUUACUACGUCCUUCGCUUCAAAUGA